CAAUACAAACGCCCCUUUUUUAUUUCAUUUUUUUGUGAAAAGAUUUCAUUUUAUCAAUCAAGUUGUAAAUCCAAAUCGCCGGCCGGAGAAAUGGACGUCGGCGGCGGCGGUGGCGGGAAGAAAGGGAGCUGGGAAUCAAAUGCGUUCUCUUGGACAAAUGAAAAACACAUCCAUUAUUUGAAUUCCAUGGAGGCUUCGUUUGUUAGGGCGGCGUUUGGAGGUGGCGGCGACGUUAAUCUUCGCCUCGAUCGCGAUUUGCCUGACACGUCAGAUUCAACCCUUGACAUGAAGAAAAAUAUUAAUAAUAAUAAUAAUAACAACAACAACAACGAAAGAAGACGAAGGCAUUCCACUUCAGGGGUUGUGGAUCGAAGCUAUGAGAGGAGGAACAGAAGGCCAUCAUCAUCAUCCGAAUUGAUCAAGAACAAUAAUAAUAUCUCAUCUCAAGAUCAGGUGGUCCCGCAAAUGGAGAGCAAAGAUUAGAUGAGAUAUUGAGAAAGAGAUAUAGAUAGAGAUAGAGAGGGGGCGGUGACAAGGAAUCCAGAUGGUCUUCCUCCAUCACUAACUGCCACGUGUCUUAAUUCGUAUUAUUGGAUUUAUUCUUCUUUUCCUUCUCUUCUCCCCGAAAGAAGAUAUUAUUAUCGAUAUCUACUUUUUCUUUUCUAGACAUUAUUAUUAUAUAUAUAUAUAUUUGUUUUUAAUCCUC